CCCUCCCCUCCCCCGCCCGCCGCCCUCGCUGUCCCCCGGGCGGCCGGAGACGGCGGCGGCGUCUGCGGGAAGCCUUGUCUCCGCAGUGACGUGGGCGGGCCGCGGGCCGGGUGACGUCAGAGGCCGUGUGUAGCGAUGUGUGUGGGGUUCGGAGCGGCGCCGGCACAGCGAAGGCGGCGGGCGAGCGGCGGCGGCGGCGACGGCGGGCACAGAUCAAUUAAAAGAAGAAUGAACUGUAAUUCUUGAAGAUAACUGGGCAGCUUUUUCAUUUAGUAUAUAUAUAUGUGUGUGUUUUUUAAUUAAAGACGUUCAGGUGGAGUCAGGCUCUUCUUACUGGUAUGGAGAUUUAGACAAGACUCCAGUUUGUCAGCUCAGAGCAACUGACCGUUUUCAGUGAAGAUAUCUGCCUCCUUUUUGGUGUUCUUGGCAAAAAUUAAACUCGUUGGUUGCAUCAUUGUAACAAAUGUUUGGGUGUAGUUUUAGGAUACAGCAGUAGCAUAAACUUUCCACAUGCUUUGCUUAAAAAACAAGACAAAACCAAACCACCAAACUCAACCAUUACACCAAACCUUGGACAUCUUGAAUUGAGAAAUGAGCUUCAUUUUAAUGCAAAUACACGAAGUACUCAAGAAGACAAGAUUUUCCUCAAAAGUGUGCUUAUGAUUAUAUUCUUUAUCAGUAGAAGCAAACUGGGAAGUUUUGUAGUGUUUUCGAUUAUAUCCUAAGGUAUAACUAACCCAAAACAAAGUUGUACGAAUCUAUUCAGAAAAUUCAUCCCUGGAAACUAAAAAUUUCUAAGUGAGUCAUAAGUAUUUGUAUAUAUUACCCCUUUCUCUUCAAAUUAGCAACUGAGUACAGCAUGCUAAUUGCAGACUUAAUUAUUUAAAACACCAGUGUAGCCAUGGAAAACCUACAGGCCAAUUUCUCCUUGGUUCAGGGUUCGAAUAAAAAACUGAACGGGAUGGAGGAUGAUGGCAGUCCUCCUGUGAAAAAACUGAUGACAGAAAUUCAUGCCAGUGGAAAAACGCUAGCCAAGGUGAAGAAGGAGCAUUUGGAUGACUAUGGAGAUGCAUCAGUGGAGGCGGAUGGCGAGCAUGCUGAGCGGAACUGUACUUCCCUACCCGAAACUUUAAACCCCAGCCUGAAACACACGCUGGCACAAUUCCAUUUAAGUAGUCAGAGCUCUUUGGGUGGACCAGCCGCAUUCUCCGCUCGCUACUCCCAAGAGAGCAUGUCACCAACUGUGUUCCUGCCACUUCCAUCUCCCCAGGUCCUUCCUGGUCCUCUUCUCAUUCCCUCUGAUAGCUCCACAGAGCUCACUCAGACUGUUUUGGAAGGGGAGUCCAUUUCUUGUUUUCAAGUUGGAGGAGAAAAGAGGCUCUGUUUGCCCCAAGUCUUAAAUUCUGUUCUCCGAGAAUUUUCACUCCAGCAAAUCAACACAGUGUGUGAUGAGCUCUACAUCUAUUGUUCAAGGUGUACUUCAGACCAGCUUCAUAUCUUAAAGGUCCUAGGGAUACUUCCGUUCAAUGCCCCGUCCUGUGGCCUGAUUACGUUGACUGAUGCACAAAGACUCUGUAAUGCUUUACUGCGGCCACGGACUUUUCCUCAAAAUGGUAGCGUGCUUCCUGCUAAGAGCUCUUUGGCCCAGUUAAAGGAAACUGGCAGUGCCUUUGAAGUGGAACAUGAAUGCUUGGGCAAAUGUCAGGGUCUCUUUGCCCCUCAGUUUUAUGUUCAGCCCGAUGCUCCCUGUAUCCAGUGUCUGGAGUGCUGUGGAAUGUUUGCACCCCAGACAUUCGUCAUGCAUUCUCACAGAUCACCUGACAAGAGAACUUGCCACUGGGGCUUUGAGUCAGCCAAGUGGCACUGUUACCUUCACGUGAACCAAAAAUACCUGGGGACACCUGAAGAAAAGAAACUGAAGAUAAUUUUAGAAGAAAUGAAGGAGAAAUUCAGCAUGAGAAAUGGAAAGCGAGCCCAGUCAAAGACAGACCCGCCGUCAGGAAUGGAACUGCCUUCCUGGUAUCCUGUUAUCAAACAGGAAGGUGACCGUGUUUCUCAGCCACAUUCAUUCUUCCACCCCAGCUACUACUUGUACAUGUGUGAUAAAGUGGUUGCACCGAAUGUGUCACUCACAUCUGCUGUCUGCCAGUCUAAAGAGACCACCAAGACAGAGACAAGUAAGUCCAUCUCCAGACAGUCAGGACAGCCUCAUGGUAUUAGUAAAGAUCAAAGCACAGUGUCUUACCCAGACGUCUCACUUGAGGAACAGGAGAGAAUGGAUUUAAAAACAAGUAGAGAACUAUACAGUUGUGUAGAUCCAUCGAUCUCAAAUAGUUCUACGAGUAAAACGAAAUCUGAGUCUGCUGUUUGCAGCUUAGUAAGAGACGUAAGCAAGCGGGAUGCUGAAGCUGCUUCUCCACUUCUGGUCACAGAUGUUAAUUGUGAAGAUGAUAAGGGAAAAAUUAUGGAAGAAGUGAUGAGAACCUACGUAAAAAAGCAGGAGAAGCUGAAUUCAAUUCUGCAAAAGAAGCAACAGCUUCAGAUGGAAGUGGAGAUGCUGAGCAGCUCAAAGGCGAUGAAGGAGCUCACUGAAGAGCAGCAGAAUCUGCAGAAAGAGCUUGAGUCUUUGCAGAGUGAGCAUGCUCAGAGGAUGGAGGAGUUUUAUAUCGAGCAGAGAGACUUAGAGAGAAAGUUGGAGCAGGUGAUGCAGCAGCAGUGCACCUGUGACUCGAACAUAGAGAAAGACAAAGAGGCUGAGUAUGCUGCACAGUUGGCAGAGCUGAGACAAAGACUAGACCAUGCUGAGGCAGACCGGCAAGAACUCCAAGAUGAACUCAGACAGGAGCGGGAGGCAAGACAGAAGCUAGAGAUGAUGAUAAAGGAGCUGAAAUUGCAGAUUGGGAAGUCAUCAAAGACCAACAAGGAGUAGGAGCCGAAGAAGAGGUGCACCUGUAUUUGGUUGACAGGCUUUAUGUUCGUUGCUUGCUUUGAAAAUUGAAUUCUACCAUCUUAUCUGCAUGAAGAUUACUAGGCAUUCUGUUCAUUUCUAGGGCAGCAAAGUGAAGAUGAUGUAUAGUACAUAAAAUUUUCCAAAUGAAUGAAAGUAUAUGCUUCUUUGUAUUAUUUUUUUCCAAUCAGCUGGAUAAUAAUAACCUAUGUAAUUUCGACCUGUAGACAGUCUACCUGUGUUUCUAAGACAAACCUAACAGUUACAUACUUUCCAAAGCUGUAUUAUGUGGUGGAAAAUAGCUGUGUCAAUUUUGUUGUGCGUAUUUCAGGCUUGAUUUUAGAUACAGAGGUGAUGUUUAUGAUACAGAGCUACUCACCUUCCUUCUCAUUACAGAAUAUGCCAUUCUUCUCAUUACACAGUCUCCUCAUUUUUAUGCACCCAUCUCUAUGUUGUUCGGGUUGUGGAAGGAGUUUCUUCUGGUUUCCUCCUAGAAGAAUUUACUGAUGAAAUGAUGAUAGUACCGCCACCCCAACAUAAAGUGGGGAGGGGGGAGAGCACGCUCUGCUGUGCCCUGAUGCUGCCUGCACAUUAGGAGCAGUUUGCAACUUGUUCUUUUUAGAGUGGGUUUAUCUAAAUAUAUGUGUGAUUUCAGAAAAUUCAAUGAUUUCUGAACUCUUAUUGUUAAUAGUGGUGUGAAAAUACUCAUGUUCACGAGGAAAAUGGAUUCCACUGAUGUACAUUGGUUCUUAUGUAACUCACAAUCCUCUUGUACAGUUUUUAUAUGUAGUAUUAUAAAGGUCUUACUAAAAUUUAUAUAAUUUUUUUCUUUUAAAUUAUAAAAUAUUAAAUAUCUUGAAGGUUAUUUUGGACUUUUGUAUGUUUAAAUGUUAUCUUAAAUCUUGCACGAAUGGACCAUUAUGAUUAAUCUUAAAAUCAGGAAUUUACAGUCAGUGAAUAGUAUCUGAUAGACUAAUAAUCCACAGCUGAAGUAUCUGCUACCAGCAGGAAUUUUAGAUGACAGAUGAAUUCCAUGGUUUGGGAAGGGCAGCCUCUGCACUUUUCUUUUUUGUUUUUUGCACAUAAAGUCUGACAUUUUUACCAGCAAAUUUCACAUUAGUUGAUGCUUGGCUUGAUGUUUACUAGGGAAACAUCUCAGUGAGCAUUGUAUGUUCUUUUUGUUGUGUUUGGCCCCCAGCUUGCAGGGAUCCUCCUGCCUCUGCCUUCCAGGUGGCAGGAUUACAGGCGUGAGCCCUCCACACCUGGCUAUGGGUGGUUUCUUAGGGAGGUUCCUGAAAGCAGCACUGGCAUCAUCCAGUUUCAUGUUUCUAGUGCUGUCUUGAGGCACUGAAUGCAGUGAUUUGAGACCUGUGCUUAGGAGUGACUCAGAGUUGACUGCCACGGUACUCCAGUGGUGCGGAACACAGGACCCUGGGUCAUCACUUACCUUCUUAUGGUCACAUUUUGUUUCAUGAUACUCAUAUUUAAAAGCAACUUUUCCACUUUCCAAAAGUGAGUUUGUUUUCUAACUAUAUUGUGACCUAGGUGUGAAUUUCCUCUACUAUGUUAGCGCUACAUUUAAUGUGUUGGCUUUCAUAACCUCCUUGAGGAAAAACAGAUCUUAAAUGGCACAGGGACCACAUAUGUCAUUUUAUUUAGAUCUGGAGAGAAAAAAAACCGCACAGGCAUUUGUAAAAUAGCCUUAGCUUAGUUGUCCAUUGAUUGUAUCACAGCUGGGUAUGUGAGAGGCAAAAUCAAGGAUUUACAUCAUUUACUUUUCUGACUUACCCAAAACUGUUCUGCUUAUGUGCUACUUAGUACAUGUAAUUCUUCAAGUCUUGAUGAAAUUUGCCUCAUGAUCGUUUAGUAUAGUAUUCACUAUCCGGAAGAUGAAAGAAUGUGCCAUAUUUUUUGUCUGAACUUCCUUAAAAAUAAUUUUUAAUCAACUGUAAAUAUAUCUACUACUGUUAAAAGUAACUUUAAUUUACAUUACACCAUAUAGCUUGAAAACAAAAUUGAAAUUCUGUAGUACUCCAAAAGUGACCUCUGCUAAAAUAUCCACAUGAAACUUAUUUUAUGCAUGCUCAUUUUGUGUGCUGGUUGCUAUCCUAGAGUUUGUUUUGGUGUUAAGUCUCGUAUGUUGUGCUAAAUUCGCUAAGCAAGCGGAUUUUUCCUCCGACUCCACAUUCUGUUUAGCAAAAAAUGAGACUGUUCACUCUGAACAGCUGUGUUGGGAGUGGCUGUGGAGUUGAGGAGAGUGGGGGAAAGAUGGUGUCCGCUUUCAGGCUGGGCGAUGAGCGAUGCUUGCUGUGCGUGGUUUCCCUCUUUGGCCAAAGUCUGAGUGUCACUAUAUUUCGGCCCUCAACACCCUCUGGCACCCCGAAUGCUUUGUGUGCAGGGAAUGCUUCACACCGUUCGUCAAUGGCAACUCCAUCAAGCACUUGCCCUCGAAAACAACUCAGCAGGAGAAGGCUCUGAGGCAGCCACACUUCAUUUAGAAGCAACCCAGAUAACAACUACCAAGACUGUAAUAAUCACUGACAGGACAAGCACAAGGAUACACAUCUUCUUGCGAGAUUUUUUCUGAUAGUAAGCAGCUCUUUGUAGCUGAUCAGUGGCUCUCUCCACAUGCACCUCUGAGCUUUCCACAUUGGCUUCUAUGCUAUCAAUCAGAUCACCUUGGUCAUGGAUCAUCAUAGCUAAAUCUUUAAAUAUUUGAUUGACAUCCAAUAUGUCAGCCUCCAGCUGCCGAAUCGCCGUUUCCCUCUCUUUAAUAAGUUCCAGGUCUUGCUCAGUGAUGGGCGCCUCAUCCUCCUGUCUCUGCAUCUGGUUCCAUUCCUCAUGGCUGUCAAAUGAGACGAGCUGCUCUUCUCUUUGCCUGUCUUCUGCAGAAAGACGAGAUCCAGCCCUUGCUCUGGCGAUACUUUCUUUUUCCUUUUCAGAUACCCUUCUCUGCACAACCUGGAAAUUGUUUAAGGCUGACGAGAAGUCAUUCAUGAGGCGUUCCUUCUGAAGUUUCUGUGUCCUGGGGCAUCAAUGAUAGUAUUUGCUGGUACUCUGGCUCUUCUCCUCAAGCAGAGGCGCUGUCCUCAUCUAAUUCUGCUUGUUCAUCAGGAUCAAGCCCUGUUUCCUCCUCAGAGUCAGAUGACUCUUGCUGAUCCUCUCCUUCGGAGGACGUCUCCUCCUCGGAAGAGGACGAUAUUGUAUAAUUUUUAAACUCAGUGAGGAGAGGAUACAAUUUAGGGUCCUCCUCACCUUUACUUACCCCUUUCUCAGAGGCAGGCAACAGCUUUAAGUUUUUUGCUCGCUGUUCGAGCUCUUCUUCCUUCUUUGCAAGUUGCUUUGCCCUUUUUUCAAGUUCAGCUAGCUUAUCUUUACCUUUUACUUUCUUUUUUAUUGGCUUUCUUUCCUGCCUAGCCUUUUUUCCCUUCUCAGCUUCUGAUAGACUAUCCUGAUGGUCUGACAAUGCCCGUUGGCCUUCCUUGAUUUUUUCCUUACAUCUUUCAUCCUUAAUGCAAGAUUUUAACAGUUUGUAUAGUGGCCACACCCCUGGUUUCAGGGUCCCCUGUUCUUUCUCUCGUGUCAAAUCUCCUCCUAACUUAUCCUUUUGCCUAAGCAGCGCCUGCGCUGCUUCCAAGAUCGGUUUAGUUAACCAGGAAACAGGAAGCCAGCGCCAUCUUGUAAUGGCGAAUGCGGCUCCCGACAUCUGAGGAACUCGCAUCGUGUGUAUACAGGUACUCAGUGUGGAAGCUCCUGCGGCCAUCAGGGAUGCUUUAAACCACCUGCUAAUCAAAACCGAGGCUUUGAACAUCACAAGGUUCAACCAGCAAUUAGGUUUGGCUUGGGCUUUCUUGAAGUAUAUUCUUUUGCUUGAAUUUCUUGUGUUUUUUGAGGAUAAGGAUGUUUUAGGCUUCUUGAGCUGAUUUUAUAACAUAUUUAAUAUAUAACCUGUUUAUAUGUAAAAUCUUUUGUACAGUGGUGGGAAGGAGUAAUGAAUAAACUCAUUGUACAUAGUGAAAAGCAGACAGAAGUAGGUGAAACAGAAUGAGUGCCACAAUGUUCACAGGCUCCCUGCAUCCUUCCAAAGUCACAUCAGAACAACCAGUUUCUUUGUGUCUAUGGCUUCUGUUUGCAGAAAAGCAAAAUGAAAAGGAAGCAGAAGUAAUAAGAAAUGUGCCCGAGGUAUUUCCCUAGCAAGAGCUGCACGCUGGUCCUGAAGGGCUUUACCGGCUUCUGGAAGGUCUCCUCAACAUGUUAUGCUUUGAGUGAGUAAGGAAGAAUGAGCUUUUAUUUGUCCGCUAUGCAUUUACUCUUUAGGGCAGGACAUUACAAACUGAUGACAAACGGUGUUCACGCUGUACAUCUGCUCCUGCACUUGGAUCUACUUGCUAAUGGUUUCAUGGAAGCAAUCAGCAAUAUGUGCUGUGAACUGCAUUAUAUAUUAUACUUGUGGGACUGAGAUAUUUAAACAGAGCUUAAUUUUUUUUCUAGUGUAAAAUACUUAAGCAUUUCCUCUAUUGGAAGAAAAACAUAUAUGGGUAUUUUGUAUUGUAUCUUGUUUAAAAGGGCAGUCUUUUUUAAUCUUCCCACUUAAAUGGCUUUUAAAAUACAUAAUACAAUUUGAAGCUUGUUUAGAAAUAGAAUUAAAUGUCUUAUAUAGUGCUACUGUUUUGGAAUUAGAAAGUGAUCAAAUAUAAAACAUUUUAAAAUUAAGCCCAGAAAACAAAGUAGUGUUUAAAGUUAGUUUAGUAUCAAAGAAAUUUAUAAGCUUUUUUCUUCAAUAGAGAUACCUCACUUGAAAAUAAAGAAAGCACAGCACAUUUAAAGUAAUUCUCAUGAAAACACCCCACUAAAAUAAUUCCCGAGUCUAGGACAUCUUUUGAGUUGUUACGGUUUGUGAUGAAUGUAGUCGCCAUUAGCUUUUCUGCUGGAAGUACUCACCUUGGUAAUCUUAAAGCAUUGCAAUAGUUUUCAUUGUCCCUCAGCUUCUAACCUGUGAAGGCAGUGAGUGAGCAGCCCCUCUGCAACUGCUGAAAUAAAUUGACUAGAUUGAGCAGAACUCAACUGAUAAUUUUGCCAAUGUGUAUAGUUUUAUGAUUAAAAUUGCUGUGGUUGGUUGCAUUACAUGACACACAAAACUGUCCUCUACCUCACGUGAAAUAAAUAUUUUAUAUUGUUUUACUAAAAAAAAAAAAAGACUCAUCUAUCUGGUUACUUAGUUUACAAAUUUUGGAUUAUAUUUAUUGAAACAUGACAUACUGUGCUCUUAGCUUAUACCUCAAUUGUAUUUUGUGCUGUUUUCCAUUUUCAUGCCUUGUACAUAACUUGUAUAGAUUGUGGAUGAUAUUCCCAAUAAAAACUUUUAAUGCCAAUGAAA